UAAAUCAAUAUUUUCAUUCCGAUCUAUCUUACCAUAUGGUAUUCUACCAUUUUAUUUAUCAUUAAAAAUAUGCAAUUACUAUUGAUCAUAUUUAAUCUGUACAGAUAAAUAAUGGUUUUAUCCCAUAUUUAUUAUUGGGUCAAGCUGAACUUUGCUUUCCCUGAAUAUGCACCAGAUUUAGGUGGUGGAAUUAUGUUUGACCCACUUUUUGGGUUUCAAGGUUCCAUAUCUCAUGAAGAAUACAAAAGAUCUCUUAAAAGACAUGAUGACCAUCAUCAAAUUCAUCAAAAUCUACAAUAUAUGACUAAGGAAAAUCUUGAUGAAAACCAUUUUGACAAUGAUGCCAACAGGGUAGAAUUUUGUGAAACUAGCAUUAUCCAAGACCGUGGUUCAAAUACCAGAGGCAGUCUACUUUUGGCUAACAUCAACCCUAUGGCAGUUUUGCCUAUCUCUUGGAGAUUUCCCAAGGGUGAAUCUGCCCCUGAAUACAAGCCCACACCAAGACCCCUCAAAAGGGAACCCCCUUCAAGGAGGAACAUUGAAGAUGCCCAUUUAACAACUAAGGCCAAAGAUUAUUGUGCUAACUUUAUGAUAGCAUUCCAACAGUGCCGGACAGAUCAUUAUCCACGCUUCAACAAGGCCUGCAAACCUAUAUUUAAGGAAUUAUCACAUUGUACUUAUGAGGACUACAUUGAUAGGCUCAAGGAGUUUGAGAGAGAGCGACGGUUGAUAGAAAGGGAGAAUAGGAUACUUGAGAAGGAUAGAAAAGAGGGCAUGGAUUCUUAAAAGAAUAAGAUUCUUAAAGAAAAUUUUUUUAUGAAAAUAGUACUUAUAUUUUUUCAUGUUAAGUAAAUAUAUUUUAAAUAUAUAUAUAAACACAUUUUAUUUGUCAAUUAUUGUGCAUUGUGGUUUUUAAAUAUAUAUAUAAACACAUUUUAUUUGUCAAUUAUUGUGCAUUGUGGUUUUUAAAUACAAAU